AGGCUCGGGGAGAGAGAACCUCAUUCUGUGCUUUGGGAAAAGAAGGCGUGUGGUUCUGGCGACCUUAGCAGCGAUAAGAGAGAGGCGGCCAUUCUGACAGCCUUCCAUUACCUGCACGACUGUAUUGGUCUGUCUGCUACCAGCUAUGCCGCUACCUGUUGCGCUGCAGACCCGUUUGGCCAAAAGAGGCAUCCUCAAACAUCUGGAGCCUGAACCAGAGGAAGAGAUCAUUGCUGAGGACUAUGAUGAUGAUCCUGUGGACUAUGAGGCCACCCGGUUGGAGGGCCUGCCACCUAGCUGGUACAAGGUGUUCGACCCUUCCUGCGGGCUCCCUUACUACUGGAAUGUGGACACAGACCUCGUGUCCUGGCUCUCCCCACAUGACCCCAAUUUCGUCGUUACCAAAUCUGCCAAGAAGCUCAGGAGCAGUAAUGCAGAUGCUGAGGAGAAGUCGGACCGCAGCCAUGACAAGUCAGACCGGGGCCAUGACAAGUCUGACAGGGGCCAUGAGAAGCCAGACCGGGGCCACGACAAGUCAGACCGGGGCCACGACAAGUCUGACAGAGAUCGAGAACGUGGCUAUGACAAGGUGGACAGAGAGAGAGAGCGGGACAGGGAACGGGAUCGGGACCGUGGAUAUGACAAGGCGGACCGGGAAGAGGGCAAAGAACGGCGCCACCAUCGCCGGGAGGAGCUGGCUCCCUACCCUAAGAGCAAGAAGGUGGCAAGCCGAAAGGAUGAAGAGUUAGACCCAAUGGACCCCAGCUCAUACUCGGACGCGCCCCGGGGCACGUGGUCAACAGGACUCCCCAAGCGGAAUGAGGCCAAGACUGGUGCUGACACAACAGCAGCUGGGCCCCUCUUCCAGCAGCGUCCCUACCCAUCGCCAGGGGCUGUGCUCCGGGCCAACGCCGAGGCCUCCCGAACCAAGCAGCAAGACUGAAUCUUUGCCCUCCCCCAGGCCUAGGGUUUUUAAUAAAAAGCUUCUGUGAUCAUGUCCA